AUGCCAGAUACUGGAGAGAAGAUCUUAAUGGUUCUGGUAACUGGUGAAUUUAUAUUGGGCAUUCUGCUGAAUGGAUUUAUAGCAAUGGUGAACUGCAUUGACUGGGUCAGGAGCAAGACACUGUCAACAAGUGAUCUCAUCCUGGUUGGCUUGGCUAUCUCCAGAAUUGGACUAUUGUGUGUGAUAAUGUGGAAUUCCUAUUUAUUUAUAAAUGGUCUUUAUGUAGCCACCACGGAUAGAGUAAGAAUAGUUGACAUCUUAUUGAUGCUGAUGCACAAUUCAAGUAUUUGGUUUGCCACUGUCCUCAGCAUCUUCUACUUUUUAAAGAUUGCUAACUUUUCUAAUCCCUUAUUUCUCUGGAUGAAAUGGAGAAUUAACAGGAUCAUCUACAUGCUUCUUGGAGGGCCUUUGAUAAUUUCUUUUUUCUUAGGCUUUCCAAUGAUGGAGAGAAUGUAUUACUAUGCCAGCAACCUUUCAAGAGAAAGAGAGAGAAAUGUUUCUCAGGAGGUCCAAGAGAAUAAAACUAUGCUUAUCAUGUUCCAGCUUCUCUUCAGCUUGCUGGGUCUUAUCCCUUUUGCUCUGACUCUAGUCUCAUUAUCCUUAUUCAAUUUCUCCCUAUGGAGGCAUACCCAGCAGAUGCAGCUGAAUGCCACAGGUUCCAGGGACCCUAACAUAGAAGCCCAUGUUCGAGCCAUGAAAACUAUGUCUUCCUUCCUCAUCCUCUUUUUAUUGUACCAUAUAGGUUUUUUUCUUAACUACUGGAGUUAUGUACUGGGUAAGAGUAAGAUGCUUUCUAUACUGGGUAUAUCAGUCAUGUUGCUCUAUCCCUUUGGCCACUCACUGAUCCUGAUUCCGUGGAAUAGCAAGCUAAGGAAGGUUGUCCUAAGGCUGUGGUGGAAGACAAGGUGCUACCAGAAAGGAAGUCAUCUACAAGUUCUUUUGAUGCUUCUAAGGACAAUCUGGCAUUUUCUAAGGAGACAGAAGUCAGGAUGGAGUCCUUAA